AUGUCGAAGGCAGCUUUGGAUCAGAUGAUGCGAGCUGUGGCAAUCGAACUUAUUGCUGAAGGAGUGCGGGUAAAUAAUGUAAGUCCCGGUGGAGUUAUGGCAAAUAUUGCACAAAAUAGCGGAGUAUCUGAUGAAGUUGCAGCAAAGUUUUACUCUACUUAUGCUAGAAACCCAUUCGAAGUUCCUAACGGCAGAAUAGCCCAGCCGUUAGAAAUCGCAACCGUUAUCGCUUUUCUGGCAGAUAGAAGCCAAUCUUCUUACAUCGUCGGCCAAACAAUCGUCGCCGAUGGUGGCAACUCGAUUGUUCUAGCUUUAAAUGCUGAUGUACCCGUGAAGGAGACAACACAGUUCUAA